AUGGAGGAGUUCAAUGCUCUUUCAUUAACCUCUUCCUGCCAGGAUGAUACCCUGGAAGAGUCAGAUUUGCUAGCAAUGUCAAAUUUAUCGAUAUCCGAACGGAAACCUAUGCCAGAAGAGCUAAUAAACAAAUUCCUUCCAUACACGCCACCAUGUCCAUCUCCAUUGAGAGCUACUGUUAGCAUUCCUAAAAGUGAUCAUGAUGAUCUUAUGGAAAUAGAUGAAAUUUAUGAUAUUGCUGGAAAUGAAGACAAAAAGAUACAAGGCACACAAAAUGGAAAGAUGAAGGAUGGUGUUGGUGAGGACUUGCUUGUCGAAGACACAGAAGAUACAUAUUUAGACUCUAAGGGUGAGCAGACAGGGUUGAUCAAGACGUUACUUUCUCCCACCAGUCUUGGAAUUGCUCUGGCAACCAGAGACUUGGAAAACAAACCGGAACCAUCCAAUGAUGAAUCAGCAAAUGCUGCUACUGAAAUACCAGUAGAACCCAUAAAUAGUAAACUAGACUCGACUGUCGGUUCUUCAUCAACAUCAACCAGUAUACAUGACCUGCCAAGCGUCAGUGAGGAGAAACUACACUCCCGAUAUCCAGAUUCGCAAAAGCCAUGGCAGAUUCAAGUCCAAAAUCAUCACUAUUACUACAUGGUUCCCGACAGAACGCCACAAAGCAACGAGUUUUACCACGAAACUUCCAUGCCACAAACCUCGGAACAUUUAGAUCGAAAGGAGCUACCACUGCCCUGGUCUUCGGAAUCAAAUCCUGCAUCGAAAGCAUCUUAUGCCUUCACAACAUAUCUACAGAUGGCAUUGAACAUAAUAACGGUAAUGAUUAUUUGUUCUACAAUCACAGCAUUUGCAAAAGCAGUUCGUACAGAUAUCAAGUCUACAUGGGAACACAGAAAACUGGAACUCGAUUUUGAGUCUGCUAACUGUAAAGUGGAGUAUCUUGCCAACCAUUGUAAUCAAGACGAAGUUGUUCCAGCUUUGCUUGAACAGUGCAAUCAAUGGGGCAAGUGCAUGAAUCGUAACAAUGAUAUUUAUUUCAGAGCAAGGACUUCACUCGGAGCCAGAUUGUUCGGUGAAAUCAUCAAUUCUCUCAUAGAACCCUUGGGUUGGAAAGCAUUGAUUGUAAUCCUACUUACUCUAGCCAUAUGGUGUUUUUCCUCGAACUUCCUCUUGGGAUUCAUGCGUGCGAAAAGCUACUACGGUACACCAACACCACAUACUCAGUUAACACAUUCGUCACAACCAUUGCAACCACUACGGCCCACAGAAUCUAUGAAUAAUAUUACAAAAGGACCCCAUCCCAACUCGAUGAAACAGUUAGAGCCACCGGCUGCCAGCUAA